AUGUCUUCAUCCUUGUCUGCCUCGCAGCAUGUAUUUGUACAACACCAACAAAAAUCUUCUUCUUCUUUAUCUUCGAGGAAGAAUUCAUCUUCUUCUUUGACGACGACGACGCGUCGACACUCGUCAAAACGUGGCGUAAUCACGAGUUCAAAAGUUUCGUCUUCCCAAAGCGAUGUCAUCACGAACAACGCGGUGCAAAUCCCAACGAAACCCACGGGAGAACCGAAAGUGGUGUACAUUUUCAACUCCAAAACCUGCGAUGGUGGCGCUGAAUUGAAAGACAUUCUCGGGAACAAAGGCGCUUUGUUGGCGGAGAUGAUGAAACUGGGCGUUCCCGUGCCGCCGGGAUUUACCAUUCCGGCGUCCAUGUGCGAGACGUACGAAUCGUGCCGAGUUGAAGGCACGGACGCGGUGGAAGAUAUUUGGGAAGACGUCGAGUUUGCCAUCUCUGAAACCGAAAAAGAGUUGGGGAAGAAGUUUGGCGGCGAAGGCGACGCCGAACCGCUUUUGUUCUCGGUGAGAUCCGGCGCCGCCGUGUCCAUGCCGGGGAUGUUGGAAACCGUUUUGAACAUUGGUUUGAACAAAUCGGUCUGUGAAAAGAUUGCCGCGGCGAACGGUGGUGCGAACAAGAGGUUCGCAUACGACGCGUACAGACGUUUGUUGGAUAUGUUUGGUUCGGUCGUUUUCGAGAUGGACAGAAGUCAAUUCGAAAUGGAACUCGAACGCGUCAAGGAGAAGAAAGGCGUCGAGAAGGAUACCGAGUUGUCCGCGGAGGAUUUGAUGGAAGUGUGCGAUGCGUACGAGCAAGUAUAUUUGAAGGUUGACCCGAACAGGCCGUUCCCGUCGGACCCAACGAUGCAAUUGAAACUCGCCAUCGAAGCAGUCUUCGAGUCUUGGAACAAGCCGAGAGCCAAGGCGUACCGGGAGAUCGCCGGCUUGAGCUCCUUGGGCGGCACCGCCGUCAACGUCCAAUCCAUGGUCUUUGGUAACCUUGGUGAAACUUCCGGUACUGGCGUGUGCUUUACGCGCAGACCGGAUACUGGCGAGAAGAUCAUCUUUGGUGAAUAUCUCAUCAACGCGCAAGGAGAAGACGUCGUCGCGGGUAUUCGAACGCCGGAACCGAUUUCCACGCUGUUUGAAAAAAUGCCGGUCGUCGCGCAGAGUUUGCAAGACACGCUCGAUAAGCUCGAGAUGCACUUCAAGAACAUGCAAGACAUCGAGUUUACCAUUGAUUCUGGCAAGUUGUUCAUCUUGCAAACGAGAAACGGCAAGCGCAACGGCGUUGCCGCCAUCAACGUCGCCGUCGAUAUGUACGAAGAAGGCUUGAUCACGAAAGCAGAAGCGAUCGAAAUGGUCGAAUUGGAUCACUUGAACCAAUUGAUCCACCCGGCAUUCAAAGAGACCGAGGAAGAGUACGAGGACGCGAAAAUAUCUACCGGUUUAGCCGCCAGUCCCGGGGCAGCUGUCGGCCGCGUCGCGUUUUCCUCCGAAGACGUCUUGGCGAUGAAGAAAGCGAACCCGAAAGAGGGCGUCAUUUUGUGCCGCGUUGAAACUUCUGCCGAAGAUGUGUCCGGUAUGCACGCCUCAAAUGGUUUCUUGACGCAAAACGGUGGCAUGACGUCGCACGCCGCCGUCGUCGCUCGUGGAUGGGGCUUGCCGUGCGUUUCUGGCGUCGCGACCAUGCGAGUGGACGAGGCGAAGAAAGAAGCGUAUUUCUACAGCAGCGAAAGCAUCUCGCCCGCGAACUUGAUCGCCACCGUGAAAUCCGGCGAUUGGAUUUCGCUUGAUGGCGGUGAAGGGUUCGUCAUCAACAGAAAAGUUGAAAUGAACGCCGCCGGUGAGGGCGUGUACGAACAACACCCGAAGAUGGCCAAGUUCAUGAGUUGGGUGGAAGAAGCGAAGAGUUUGGGCGUGUACGCAAACGCCGAUACCGCUGCGGAAUUGAAGCUUGCCAUGUAUUUUGGCGCGCAAGGCAUCGGAUUGUGCCGCACGGAGCACAUGCUCUUGGCUAGCGCGGAACGCGUCUCCAUCUCUCGAUCGAUGAUUUUGGCCAAGGAUGACGCAUCGAGAGUUGAAAUCUUGGACAAGAAGAUGGGCCCGAUGCUCAAAGACGAUUUCCAAGCUUUGUUUGAGCAAGCUGGUAACUUGCCGGUUACCAUCCGUUUGUUGGACCCGCCUUUGCACGAAUUUUUGCCGACCGAGCUCGAAUUGAAGGAUGAGAAGUUCGCCGCGGACUUGGCGAAGAAGUGCUCUUUGGAAUCUGCGGAUGCUUUGAGAGAAAUGUGCGAAGCCAAAAGAGAAAAGAACCCGAUGAUGGGUUUACGUGGCGUUCGCGUGGGUAUUCUUGAACCGAAAAUCACGAUUAUGCAAACCAAGGCCAUCGUAAACGCGAUUAUUGAUGCGUACAUCGCCACUGGCGUGCACCCGAACGGGAAAAUCAUGGUUCCGCUCGUUUCCACCACCGAGGAAUUUGAAAACCAACGCGCGUUGAUUUUUCAAACCAUCCAAGAAGUAUUCAAUGCUCGCGCUUCCGAAGUCAGUCGAGCCGACGUGCUCGGACCGGACAACCGCGAGAUUCCAAUCGGUAUGAUGUGCGAAACGCCGCGAGCGUGCAUCGUCUCUGGCAACUUGGUCGAAGAAGGCGCCGCGUUCAUGAGCUUCGGUUCUAACGAUUUAUCGCAGCUUUCUUUUGGAUUCUCCCGCGACGACGCGAGUUCGUUCUUGGAGAAAUACAAAGAAUUUGGUAUCAUCGAGACGGAUCCGUUCAACACCAUCGAUGUCGAUGGCGUCGGGGAAUUGAUCAAGAUGUCCGUCCGAGGCGCCAGAGCGGUGAAUUCAAAGAUUCCAGUUUCGGUUUGCGGAGAGCACGGCGGCGACGAGAAGUCUAUCGAAUUCUUCCACGAAGCUGGAUUGAACGUCGUCUCGUGUUCGGCGUUCCGUGUUUUGGGCGCGAGAUUGGCCGCAGCUAAAGCCAACAUCGCCAACCCGAAGUCUUCCACGGGAGGCGCCGGUCCUCGUUAA